AUGUCGAAGCACCGCCCGACCACCCCCUCUCUAGCAGCCUCAUCCUAUCCUAACUUUACCCCACAUAUAACCUUGGCCUCCUUCCCCUCCGAUACCACCAUUGCCGCCCUCCGUGAAUCCAUCCCCUUUGACCAAUCCGUCGUCCCCGUCCAGUUCUCCUCGUUGCUGUCCGGCGAGACGUACACCCGGUCCGUGUAUGUGACCGUGAAGCUCUCUCCGGCGCUUGCCUCUUUGCACGCAGAAAUACACUCUGCGCUCAAGGCGGAACCGCGCACGCCAUCGUUCCCGCACAUGUCUCUGUUCUAUAUCGCCGACAAAGAUGCAGAGGUAAGAGAGCGUGAGAGAGUCACGAGGGAGAUUAUGGAGAGUAGUGUGGUUCUGAAUCCGAAGGAUCGCGGAAGCGGAAUUACCCUGGAUUGCAAAGGAACAGGUGCAGACCCAUCGGGUCAGACGAAGCUAGAUGGUUUUACUGGAAGUGAGAUAUGGAUCGUCAGGUGCGAAGGGCUGGUUGAAGAAUGGCAAAUCUUGGAGAAGAUUAUGCUUGCAAGUAUGACGAAAGAUUGA